UUUUUUUUUCUGUCUUUCUUUGAUUCAUAAAGCACACUAUACAUAACGAACUACUCUACUAUGCUCCUCAUGUGUGCUGUUAGACCCAUAUUUUUUGUUUACGCUGCGCUCUUGGUGCUCUGCCAAGAUUUUACCACGUUUUCUUUUUUGAAAGGGCGGGCCGUCACUUGGUGUGAGCGCAAGUGGACAGCCUGUGCCUGGUGCUGUCAUCGCUUUUAGCUUCGCAUCAACCUUCUUACUCACCACUACUCUUAACAUUCAACAUGCAUCGUCUCUUCGGCUCAGGCAAAAAGGCUCCAAAAGCAAGUCUAACGGACGCCAUCACUGCUACAGAUCUGCGCGUGGACGCAGUUGAGGUCAAGAUUCGUAAGCUGGAUGCGGAACUUAUCAAGUACAAAGACCAGAUGAAAAAGAUGCGUGAUGGACCAGCCAAGAACUCUGUAAAAGCAAAGGCGAUGCGCAUCUUAAAGGAAAGAAAACUCUAUGAGGGACAACGGGAGCAGCUUCAGCAGCAAUCUUUCAACAUGGAGCAGGCAGCUUUCACAACAGAAAACUUGAAGAACGUCAUGACGACCGUGGAUGCCAUGAAGACCGCCAAUCAGACCAUGAAGCAGCAAUAUAAGAAGGUCAACCUUGACAAAAUCGAGCAAAUGCAAGACGAAAUGGAGGAUAUCAUGGAACAGGCGAACGAGAUUCAGGAGACAUUAGGUCGGUCCUAUGGCGUACCCGAUGACAUUGAUGAAGAUGAGCUUGAAGCUGAAUUGGAUGCUCUGGGCGAUGAACUAUAUGAGGAAGAGGAGCCCUCAUACCUCGAGGACGAAACGCUUGACCUUCCAACUGCAGAAACAGCAGAGCCACAAACUGAGCGUCUGGAUGAGUUUGGACUACCAGAAGGACCUUUGAAGGCGUAGAAUCGUCAGCUACAUUUCUCUCAAGAGAAUACAGGACACGGAGAGCUGGAGCAUCGGGAAAAUCUUGCAGCAGCAACAACAGCAGCAGCUUUGCAGCAAAAACUCACAGGAACGCGCAUUGUAAUAAAGGACAGAAACAAUACGGGUUCAUUCAAUUUCUACAAAUGAAGAAGGACAAGGUGGUUUGGAG